AUGGAACUACCAGCACCCCAUGAAAGCCUCAGCAAACAGCACCCGAUGAAAGCUUCAGCAACCAGCACCCCAUGGAACUACCAGCACCCUAUGAAAGCCCAAGCAACCAGCACCCCAAGUAAGCCCAAGCAACCAGCACCCCAUGAAAGCCUCAGCAACCAGCAUUCCAAGAAAGCCCCACCUCAGCAACCAGCACCCCAUGAAAGCCCCAGCAACCAGCACCCCAUAAAAGCCUCAGCAACCAGCACCAAAUGGAACUACCAGCACCCUAUGAAAGCCUCAGCAACCAGCACCCCAAGAAAGCCCCAGCAACCAGCACCCAAUGAAAGCCUCAGCAACCAGCACCCCAUGAAAGCCCCAGCAACCAACACCCCAUUAAAGCCUCAGCAACCAGCACCCCAUGAAAGCCCCAGCACCCAGCACCCCAUGGAACUACCAGCACCCCACUAA